GCCGCUCCAGUUAGCUCGUUCGGCUAGCAGCUAGCUCCCCGUUAGCUCUUGAUUUGGACGCUGCCCAACAACACGGAACCGGACUCUCCUCCAGCGGGACGUUUCUCUCCGGUACCGGCGCCUCCACCCUCUGCUCUCCCACCGGUUGCCCCCGGAUCUUUUUCCGUCCUCCACCCGGUCGUUAAAGCUGAACCAUGUCGGCGGUGCAGCGGAUGAAAGUGGCGAACGAGCGGCACAGCAAGACGAUCACACAGCGGGGACACGUCCAGAAAACCUCGCGGCCAGUAAACGAGGAAAAGUCUCCGGUGGGUCCGUGGCUGCUCGCCCUGUUCGUCUUCGUGGUUUGUGGAUCAGCCAUCUUCCAGAUCAUCCAGAGCAUCAGGCAGGGCAUGUGAUCACCUUUGACCCCGGAGCUGAGCCUGUCACAUGAGGAGGAGGAGGAUGGGCGGGGCCACGCUGCCAUCAUGACCCCGCCUACCACACACACACACACACACACACACACGCACACACACACACACACACACACACACACACACACACACACACUUGUUCCUGUGGAGUUUAAAUCUGAGCUGGUUUUCUUCCCACUGUAACCCAACCCCUCUCUCUCUCUCUCUCUCUCUCUCUCUGUCCUAUGUCUCUCUCUCUCUCUGUUUUUUUUUUACUUCCUCCCUCGUUGAUGAAGCCGAUCAGAUAUUGGUUAUUGAUUGCUUGUCAGAUGAAGUCUUAACUCUCCUUCCUGUCGCUCUGACGCAGUCGUCCAGCUGCUUUUUAUUGUCGCUCUGAAGCGUCGCCGUCUGCCGCCGUCUGACUGAAGCUCUGACAUCACACUUUAACCUCCAAUCAGCCGCCAGCUUCACUUCCUUCCUCACCGGGAGGCUCCUGAUGUGUCCGUCACUCCCAAUAUAUUAGAAAUACUCAACUCAUAAACAAUCACUGAGAGGGAAACGGAUCCCGUCUGUCCUGGUUGGCGUUAAGCGGCCGACACUUCCUGUGAAUAUUUCACAUUAAGUCUUCCAGCCUGCCUGUUCACCAGUACGCCUUUAAUGUGAAAUCCUUACAGGAAGUGUCGCAGCAGCGUAACGUCCAUCAGGAGGAACUGGAGUCUGUACGGAUCGACGUACCGCUGCUGUCGGCACUUCCUGUGAAUAUUUCACAAUAAAAGCCUACCAAUAACUGGCAGGCUUUUAAUGUGAAAACUGUUAAGCUGCCAGUGCGGAUAGCAUACAAAGCACUUCUAGUGUAAGUGAUGAAUAUAUUUAUUAAAGUAGAAUAAAGUGUGAGAGAGCUGAUCCCACUGCAGACUGUCAGCAGCUGCAACACAAAGCAGGACGUCCUUCAACCGGUGAUCAGUGUAAAUACAGUUCGUUUCAAUUCAGUGUUCUUUGUGUUUGGGUUUAAGUUUACAAGACGUCUGCAGUGAUUGAAGGAUGCAUCACAACAAUGUGGAACCUUUUUAACAAGUAGAAACAAACUUUAUUUUGUAUUGGAGCGAACGCUGCAGUUUGCUUCCUGGAGCUGAGGAAGAAACUGAGGCUGACUCGAACCGGUUUGAAUAAAAGCAGUGAAGUUUAAUCUGCGUCUUCGUCCGUUGCUUCGCUCAGACUGCGGCUGUCCACCAACGCUUCCGCCGCCGUCGGUCGGUGUGAGGAGAGCGGUAACGUGCUGGUUUUUAAAGCAGAGCUCGGGUCAGUCUCUGGGAAGGUGAAGAGCUCCUCCUGCUGGACGACGCGCUCCGCUUUUAUACAAAAUAAACCACAGAUAUUUUUCUCUAAA